GUAGAAGCAUGGUGAUUUCUCCAAAAGCAGUAGUUGUGUUUAGUGGGAAAAGAAAGUCGGGAAAAGAUUUUAUUGCAAAUUUGCUUCAAGAAAAAUUUUCUGCAGAACUCUGUGCAAUCUUAAGACUGUCUGGUCCAUUGAAAUCACAGUAUGCCAAGGAGAAUGGGCUUGAUCUACAGAGACUUUUGGAUUCUUCAGAAUACAAGGAGAGCUACAGGGAAGAUAUGAUUCAAUGGGGAGAGAAGAAAAGAAAUGAAAACUCAGAGUAUUUCUGUGUUCUUGCAACUUCUGGCACAGAUUCUGAUAAAGAGAUCUGGUUAAUUAGUGAUGCGAGAAGGAAAACAGACAUUGAGUAUUUUCUAAAAUAUUAUCACCAGAAAACUUUAACUGUCCGUAUCGAAGCAACUACAGCAGCAAGAAAGGAAAGAGGAUUUGUUUUCAAAAAAGGUGUAGAUGAUGUAGAAUCUGAAUGUGGACUGGACUCUUUUUCAGACUGGAAUCACAUCAUAAACAAUAACGGAGACAGAGAGACAUUAGAGCAUGAGUUAAUUCCCUUGAUCAAUGAUAUCAAAAAGUUACAAGGCCUUCAACUACCUUGAUGAUUAAAAUUGAUAAUGACAAUUUUAGAAUUAGCUCAGCCAUGGAGCUAAUGGAAGGACUUGCAAAGUUACUGAUGUGCACUGGAAAGACCAUUUCUUCUAUUUAUGUCAUCUAAGAAGGCAUAAAAACUUUUUGGAUUUAAAUUUACUUUUAACUCACCUGAGAUGAAAGCCUUCUCAAGUAUACAUCCAGGGCAUGUAAUAUGAAGUCAUCAUUGUUUAUAGGGGACUAAUGUUCCCGUAUUUUGUGGGUUACCCUUAUUGAAUUCACGUCCCCAGGAAACAUAUUAAAAUGCAAUGUAUAAUAGGGUUUCAAACUUAAAUCAUGUGUAUAUGGGAGUUACCAACAAAAUUGUGUUCUAAUAAAUGAAACUGAACAAUA